UGUGUGGACAACAUAUUUCUGCUGUAUUCUUUUCGGGAAAAAGUAAUCCUCUCCUCCUCCCUCAGACGCAAAACGCUUUCAAGACAUUGGGUUUAGUGCAUAUUUGCGUAAGGGUGUACGGAUGAGAACGGUCGCCACCAUGGACGUGGAUCACCGAUAAGAGAAUAAUGUUUGAGGAUCGCCGAAACGCAUGAGUUGGCCGGAUCUUGUUGAUGGCUCCACCCCUGCUACCUGUAAAUCGCCGUCCCAGUUCCUUGUCAUCUUCCAAAUAGAUCUGACAGUCAGCCGCUAUCGUCUGGCCGCCACUGAAGCAAGAAGAGGACUAGAAAACCUAUGGAAAGCGUUAUUGAACAGCUUUUAUGAACGGAAAUAAAUAAGUCAUCUGCGGUCAUAAAGAGAGAAAGUAGUAUUCAACACCUAGCGAGAGCGCUAAAUGGAGCAGAAAUAACGGACUUAUUAAAGCGGCGGCUGGUUCUCAACAAGGUGGAGUUUUGUGAGUGAGGGCGAGGGUUACCAUCGAUUGCCUUUACGCGAUUUGGUUACCUGAUGGAGAAACCAGAACGACAGGUGACUCGAAGAUAAUUGCUGCCUUUCCUGGAAAUAUCGAACUAUUACACCAAAAGAAACAAGCAAAGAAGAACAGCAACGGGAUUUUCAAUAUAUAAUUAUAUGAACUAGUUUUGAAGAAAUAUCUGAUUUCGCAUGUAACUUAUUGUACGAUCUGUGAAUGACUUCUGUUAAUGGAACGAUCAUAUCCUGUCCUUUUGAAGUGCAGUUUCUGCGUCACAGGUCGUUGAGAACACAACAUUUACAUUGAAGGACUGAUGUAAACGGACAGGGUAGAGUAGAGGAAGGAAGGGUGGUAGUUAGUUGAAGCAAUAUGGCUGAAUUGUGGGGUAUGGGGCACUGGCUGGAACUACCCAAAUCGUCUGGAUACUAGUUAUAGAACAUGGAAACCUAUCCCUGGGCAUCGGUAGCCUCAGAAUAAUGCCUAAAGGUAAACAUAGUUACUACCCGGACUCUCCCUCUAUCCGCAUAUCCAAGAUGGAUGUGAUCAUCCCGUUCUCCCCAGAUGUGCCCUGUGAUAGCAACGGGCAGCGCAUGUGGUGGGCUUUCCUUGCCUCCUCCAUGGUCACGUUCUUUGGAGGUCUCUUCAUCAUUCUGCUCUGGAGAACUCUCAAGUACCUGUGGACCGUCUGCUGCCACUGUAACACCAAAAAGAAGAAUGCUCAGCGGGUCCACAACCCUACCUCCCAUGGGGAUGGGAUCAAGCACACCAAGGAGACGGUGGCUGCACUCAGCGAGGUGGGCUGGAUGACCUCCGUCAAAGACUGGGCCGGGGUCAUGAUAUCAGCCCAGACACUGACGGGCAGAGUCCUGGUGGUGCUUGUCUUUGCCCUCAGCAUCGGAGCCCUUGUAAUAUACUUCAUAGAUUCCUCUGACCCCAUCGAGUCCUGUCAGAACUUCUACAAAGACUUCACACUACAGAUUGACAUGGCUUUCAACGUCUUCUUCCUCUUGUACUUUGGUCUACGGUUUAUUGCAGCCAAUGACAAGCUGUGGUUCUGGCUGGAGGUGAACUCAGUGGUGGACUUCUUCACUGUUCCCCCGGUGUUCGUGUCAGUUUAUCUCAACAGGAGCUGGCUUGGCUUGAGGUUUUUAAGGGCGUUAAGGUUGAUACAGUUCUCAGAAAUCUUACAGUUUUUGAACAUAUUAAAAACUAGCAAUUCCAUAAAACUGGUGAACUUAUGUUCAAUCUUCAUAAGUACAUGGCUAACAGCGGCAGGCUUCAUACAUCUGGUGGAAAACUCAGGGGAUCCUUGGGAAAACUUCCAAAAUUCCCAAGCACUUUCCUACUGGGAAUGUGUCUACUUACUCAUGGUUACUAUGUCCACUGUGGGCUAUGGAGACGUGUAUGCAAAAACCACCCUGGGACGACUUUUCAUGGUCUUCUUCAUCCUUGGUGGUUUGGCCAUGUUUGCGAGCUACGUCCCUGAAAUCAUAGAGUUAAUAGGAAACCGCAAGAAAUAUGGUGGUUCCUAUAGUGCGGUUAAUGGGAGAAAGCACAUCGUGGUCUGUGGUCAUAUAACACUUGAAAGUGUGUCCAACUUCCUUAAAGACUUCCUACACAAGGACAGGGAUGAUGUCAAUGUAGAAAUUGUUUUUCUCCAUAAUAUUUCCCCUAAUCUUGAGCUGGAAGCCUUGUUUAAACGCCACUUCACCCAGGUGGAGUUCUACCAGGGAUCUGUUCUCAACCCACAUGACCUGGCCAGAGUCAAGAUAGAGUCAGCAGACGCCUGUUUGAUCCUAGCUAAUAAAUACUGUGCAGACCCUGAUGCUGAGGAUGCCUCCAACAUCAUGAGGGUGAUAUCCAUCAAGAACUACCACCCAAAAAUCAGAAUCAUUACCCAGAUGUUGCAGUACCACAACAAGGCCCACCUUUUGAACAUUCCCAGUUGGAACUGGAAGGAGGGUGACGAUGCCAUUUGCCUUGCUGAGCUGAAGUUGGGCUUCAUAGCACAGAGCUGUCUGGCUCAGGGCCUGUCCACCAUGCUGGCCAACCUCUUCUCCAUGAGGUCCUUCAUCAAGAUUGAAGAGGACACGUGGCAGAAGUAUUACCUGGAAGGAGUAGCCAAUGAAAUGUACACUGAGUACCUGUCUAGUGCCUUUGUGGGCUUAUCCUUCCCGACCAUUUGUGAACUCUGCUAUGUGAAGCUGAAGCUGCUACUGAUUGCUAUCGAGUACAAGUCUGAUAUAAGGGAAAGCAGCACCCUCAUCAACCCCGGGAACCAUGUGAAGAUGCAGGAAGGAACCCUGGGGUUCUUUAUCGCCAGCGAUGCCAAAGAAGUAAAAAGGGCACUUUUUUACUGCAAAGCUUGUCACGAUGAUAUCACAGAUCCCAAAAGGAUAAAGAAAUGUGGAUGCAAACGAUCAAAAAAUAACUAUAACGGAUAUAUCAAAUCAAUCGAAGAGGAGCAGCAUUCGACAUUGUCGCCUAAAAAGAAACAACGCAAUGGAAACACAAGGAACUCACCCAACGGUUCACCAAAAAUGAUGAGGCAUGACCCUCUCCUCAUGCCGGGAAACGAACAGAUUGAGAACAUGGACAUGAACGUGAAGAAGUACGACUCCACAGGGAUGUUCCACUGGUGCCAGUCCAAAGACAUCGAGAAGGUCAUCUUGACCAGAAGUGAAGCUGCCAUGACUGUCCUAAGCGGCCACGUGGUCGUCUGUAUAUUUGGAGACGCGAAGUCGGCUUUGGUGGGCCUAAGGAACCUUGUGAUGCCUCUGAGAGCUAGCAACUUCCACUACCACGAGCUGAAACCCAUCGUGUUUGUGGGUUCUCUGGAGUAUCUGAAGAGGGAAUGGGAGACCCUUCACAACUUCCCCAAAGUCUCCAUCUUACCUGGCACACCAUUAAGCCGGGCCGAUCUGAGGGCUGUCAAUAUCAACCUCUGUGACAUGUGUGUCAUCCUGUCGGCCAAUCAGAACAAUAUUGACGACGCGUCACUGCAGGACAAGGAAUGCAUCCUGGCGUCACUCAACAUCAAGUCCAUGCAGUUUGACGAUAGCAUCGGGGUCUUGCAGGCUAACUCCCAAGGUUUCACUCCUCCAGGCAUGGACAGGUCCUCUCCUGAAAACAGUCCACUUCAUGGGGGGUUAGUCCGACAGGCUUCCAUCACAACAGGAGCCAACAUCCCCAUCAUCACUGAACUAGUGAAUGACUCCAAUGUUCAGUUCCUGGACCAGGAUGAUGAUGAUGACCCUGACACAGAGUUGUACCUCACUCAGCCCUUCGCCUGUGGGACGGCCUUCGCAGUCAGUGUGCUGGAUUCCCUGAUGAGUGCGACAUACUUCAAUGAUAAUAUCCUCACCCUGAUCCGGACGCUGGUAACAGGGGGGGCCACUCCGGAGCUGGAGGGUCUGUUGGCGGAGGAGAACGCAUUACGAGGAGGCUACAGCACGCCGCAGACCCUCGCUAACCGGGACAGGUGUCGUGUGGCACAGCUAGCCUUGUACGACGGGCCUUUCGCUGACUUGGGAGAUGGUGGUUGCUACGGUGACUUAUUCUGUAAAGCAUUAAAAACAUACAACAUGCUGUGCUUCGGAAUUUAUCGAUUAAGAGACGCACAUUUAAACACACAAAGUCAUACAAGUCAAUGCACUAAACGGUAUGUGAUAACCAAUCCGCCAUAUGGUUUUGAGUUGGUGCCAUCAGACCUGAUCUUCUGCCUGAUGCAGUUUGACCACAAUGCGGGUCAGUCCAGGGCCAGCCUCUCCCACAGCUCCCAUUCCUCCCAUUCUUCCAGCAAAAAGAGCUCCUCCGUCCAUUCUCUCACUGCCACCAACCGUACCAACCGCGCCAAGAACAGGGACUCGCGGGACAAACAGAAAAAAGACAUGGUUUACAGAUGAGCCUAAGAACGCGGCCUACCACAGGAGCAUUCACAUCAAGCCAAUGAGUACUAGUCACAGUAGUCACACAGCCAACCACCAGGUCAACCAGAACCCUUACAAAUCCACCAACAACCAUAUUCCAUCCAUCAGAGAGGUGGAGGACGAAUGCUGAACUACAGAACCCCAUGUUGACACCUACAGUAGAACCCACCUGUAGAACACCUGGAAAGAAUACUUGGAACUAGAACCCAAGAACAUCUAGAACCCACCUAGAGAACACAUGGAAGUACACCUAGAACCCGUGGAACUGGAACCUGAAGAACACCUUAAAGCUAGAAUCUUUAGUUGCUUUAAUGAUAUAUACCCAUUGAAUCUUGAAGAAUAUAACUUAAACUUGCCUCAUGAGCUUAGUUCAACUGUCGUACCCCAUCAGAACCCAAAAUAUACGCUUGUUUUACUCCAAUGUUUGUAAACAAUGUAUAUGUAAACAAAUACUAUAUAGCCUCAAAACAUGGUUAAAACUGUAAUGUUGAUAUCAUGGCUGGUCAGUCCUUGCAUCCGUAGCUCUCUCUAUGAAUUUGAGAGUGGUUACAUUUCUCCAGGCCCAUCCCUCAGCUUUUUUACCCCCCCAAAAAGGGUUGACCGCUUUAUUGUUUCAAGUAAAGAUUCUAGCUUUAAAGGGAUACUUUGGGAUUGUAUAUAUUUCCCCCUGAGUCAGAUGAACUCGUGGAUACAAUUCUUAUGUCUCUGUGUCCAGUAUGAAGGAAGUUUGAGGUAGUUUCACGAGCCAAUGCUAACAAGCGUUACACAUAGCGCAAUGACUGGAAGUCUAUGUGCUAGCAUGCUAGCAGAUACCCAUAGACUUUGUCAUUGCGCUAAUGCAAGUUAGAAACUUUCUUCAAACUGCAUGCAGAGACAUAAAAAUGGUAUCCACACUGGGGAAGUAGAUAAAGGGCCUCAUUGCCAAAAUCCCGAAGCAUUCUUUUAACAUAGAACUCCAGAGAACAAAGGAAUUGCUGGGACGAAUGGGGUGUUUGCAUGGGAAAACAUCAUUCAUUAUUCUCCCUCAGAUUCCUUCUUCAUCAGUCACCAGUUACUGAUCACAUCAGUACAAACUAACAUCUUGGAAAAGGACAACCUUUUCCCAGUUCAUAUGUACAGUACAUACAGUAACAUAAUAUAUAUAUUUAUAUAUAAAUGAAGCAACGUAAUAUACAUAAAUACAAUCAUAUAUCAAUCAAAUGUACAGUCAGUCACUAACGUUAACACUCAGCCAUGUAGUUUGCACAGCCAGUUCCUCCUUAGUGACCAGACUCCAUCAAUUACCCAUUUUGGAGAAUGAGGGUCGCUUCAGUCAGAAUAGAUAGCAACGCAACACAAGAUUACAUAUCAUGAAACAUUAUAUUAGAUUGUUAUGAAACUGGACAAAUGAUUUGCCAUUGAAAGCAUUUUCAUUUUUUAACAUUCAUUUGUAGAAUAGUGUUUCAAGACUGACAUGUAUCCAGUAUUGGAAAGUCGUACGCUUUGGGUCCAUGUGUUUUUGACAUGCCUGGUAAGAUACAAUACAAAACAAAGUUUGCAAAAGGGUAUAUGGUUUUUUUGUUAAAUGCUGUCCCACCAGAAUUAUAUUGUUAUCGAUUUUGAUUUCACCAUAUUAUCACUUUGUGGAUCUUCAUUUAUUAAGAGUCAGUUCGCAAGACUAUAUUUGUGAUUGAUUGUCAACAUUCAUGUCAAAAUAGUACAUUUUAUUGUAUUGGCCCAAGCCUUAUUUCGAUUGGCCAGUUUGUUUUCGCAUCUUCUGAUCUACAGGAUACUUCCUGCCUUUUUAGCUUUGAUAUCAAUGUCCAACAAAUAUACUGGAAUAUGAGAUGUGGGUGGAAUGACACUGGAAAUACAAAAUAAACCAUAUUCCCAAUACAUUUGACCUGUCAUUAUAGCGACAUAAUGCUAUAACCCAAGUAUGAUGAAGCUGUUUUGGAGGAUGUUCAGUAGCUAACCGAGCAGCUAAUAAGAUGAACGGACCUUAAUUACCUUAACUAAUAAGCCUACCUAUUGGAUUAGGUUAUACUGUAUAACCCUACCUGUUUAACCCUGCCAAAAUCUUAAUUACUGUAAUAGGCCUAUCUAUUAGAUUAGGUUAUAAUGUAUAACCCUACCAGUAUAACCCUACCUAUAUCUUAAUUACCUUAAUAAGCCUACCUAUUGGAUUAGGUUAUACUGUAUAACCCUACCUGUUUAACCCUACCUAUACCUCAAUUACCUUAACUAAUAGGCCUACUUAUUAGAUUAGGUUAUACUGUAUAACCCUACCUGUUUACCCCUACCUAUACCGUAAUUCCUUAAUAGACUUACCUGGAUUCACAGGGAGGGUUAUACUGUAAAUUAUGUUAAUAUCACCAGGAAUUAGGUGAAAAAAUUAGAAAGCCACAUAUCGUAUGAAGUGGGUGUAUAUAUCUGUAGCUCUGGUACCAUCACGCAACUACAACAACCCCUGACCCCUGAACCCACUCACCGAUCUCACAGCUCUCUCCGCAACUCUGUUAGUAGAGGAAUGCGCAUUAACCCCCUGGACCAGAGCUAUACCAGUAGACGGAUCCUUCUUUGGCUGUAAGCACUGCUUGGCAUGGAGGCACUAGAGUACCUUGGAUGUUCUCCAUGACCAGUCCCAGUGCUGUACUCAGACUGUAGAAGAAGGUCAAGGAUUUUCUGUAGAUAUACCCCAAAACAGCUGAAUCUAAAGGGAGCAUUUGGCUAACUACAGUACAAAGCUUUUUACUGCCAGUUUCUCAUGUUUUGGUGUAACACAACUGACACUAAAACUGUUCACCAAUGUGUCAUGUCCAUAAACCAUAACCAUAUGUGUUAAUCUCUUUUCUGUCUGCAUACAAUACAAAGCAGUACAUGACUCUAAAGAGACAGAAAAGGUCAGUAAUCUGAAGAAAGAAAUGGUGUGGCAUUUUGCUGACGUGGGGAACACCCAAGAUUUCCAUGCCAGCAAUGUGCCGGGCAGUGUUUAGGUCAAAGGACAACUCUGGCUAAAGACCCACUGUAGAGAAAGUGGUUUAUUAAGAUAGGGAUUAUAUAGAAACAGGGCAUGUAUAUUGCUUUUGCUAAAGAAGAGCGUGUCAUAUCUAGUCAUAGAGACAUUUCAAACCGUAUAAAUUACAUUUCAAAUCAUGUAAAUUCUUGGAAAAAUGUGAUAUUUAAUUGUAAAAGGUUAUUGGGAAUGUACAGAUUCCCUGAAGAUAAUUAGCAUUGUAAUGAAUAAUGAGAGUUAAAAAGUCUUAAACUAACAUUGAAAUUAGGCAUUUACUUAGUAACUGCGAAAUAAAAUGUUCUAUGUUUACUUCUAGGUCCUUUCAAGAAGUCAAUACAAAGCUUUAGUGAAUUAUUUCUAUUGCGUUUAUAGAUGUUGGGUGAAGAGGAGAUUGGCAUUGCAGUUUAGUUUGUUUUGUUUGUAUAUUUUAACACUUUGAUUUGUGGACACAAUGACAAGUGCUACGUUUAUAUUUCUGACUAUGUCAUACAGAUGUAGAAUCUUAAUUUGAGCCAGUUUGCUACAGCAAGGAAAUAAUCCUGCAGCAAAGCGGAAAUGUGAAUUAUGUGUAUUAGAAUUCAUGGACAUUAUGAAAAUGUUCCUUUAGGGAAAAUCAAGUCUGAAAUUUCAAAGUGGAAACUACAAACUUCAGAAGCUUUUUUGAACCUCAAAUACACUACUAUCAAAUUAAGGUCCUACAUUUGCACAUACAAUAUCCAAUGCUAAAUACAGUAUAUUGUCUUUUUAAGGAUUGUAAAUAAGUUGUACAUGAUUUAAUUUUGUAUUUUCACAAAUUAAAAAAUCUGAUGUAUUGUG